CAGCAGGGGGCGCAGUCUGACUUCGGAGCGUCGUCGUUAAUAUGCAAAGAAGAAUCUGUUUAGAGCGGACAGAUUUCGGAUAGCCGUCCCCCGUAUUAAACGUUUGAUUGCACAUAUUGGGUUACCCUAUAUGUUUCUUGCUGCGCCAGUUGACGUCGAUUGGCGGAUUAUUUCAUCCCUCGCACAAAUUGAACCACUGUCUUCGUCUUCAGCUGGGGUUGAUAGAUAGAGAUGGCAGAAAGUACAGAGCAAAACGAGUCCAAGCAGGAUGGUUCAUUUUCUCCUGGGAAUGCAGAUCAAGAAAGAGAAAUAGCCGCCAGUGCAUACGAAGCCUUCACGGCUGGAAAGUACGAUGAGUCAAUCAAGCACCUUACCACUUUGCAAGAGAUCAACAAAGAGGAUUACAAGAUUGCAAUGAAUAAGGCUAUCGCAGAAUUCUACAAAAGUGGUCAAACUACUACAGGGACUCUGAAGCAGACACUCAUGGCAAUGAAAAACCAGGUUCACACAUCAGUGGAAGACAUUGAUGGCCUGGAUGAUGUUGAAAAUAGUUUGUUGUACCACAAUCAAGCCAUCAUUCACUACCAUUUGCGCCAGUACUCAGAGGCCAUUUCAAUAGGAGAGAAGCUAUACCAGUUUCUGGAACCCUUUGAACGCUUUGCUCAGGUGGUUUGCUUUCUUCUGGUGGAUUUGUACCUGCUUACAUUCCAGCCAGAGAAGGCUCUCCAUCUCCUGGCGGUGCUCGACAAACUCGCCUUGCAAGGCAACCAGAAAAAUGGAAAAGGAGAGAGCAAUAAUUCAAACAAGGAUGGGGGACACCAGAAGGCCGAUCUCAUUGCCAUGAUUGAAGCAGCCAAGUCAAAGAUUCACCAGUACAAAGUUCGGGCCUAUAUCCAGAUGAAAUCCUCCAAGGCAUGUAAAAGGGAGAUCAAAUCCGUGAUGAACACGGCAGGAAAUUCUGCACCCUCACUCUUCCUCAAGAGCAACUUUGAGUACCUGAGGGGGAACUACCGCAAGGCAGUGAAGCUGCUCAACAGCUCAAACAUAGCGGAGCAUCCCGGGCCCAUAAAGACAGGAGAAUGUGUGAGAUGUAUGUUCUGGAACAACCUGGGCUGCAUACACUUUGCCAUGGGGAAACACAACCUGGGUAUCUUCUAUUUCAAGAAGGCACUGCAGGAGAACGACCACACGUGCGCACAGCUCGGCGACGGCGGCAGUGGGCAAUCUAAGAAGUUUGCCGGCAUCCCCAUGUGCGCUCUGCUAGCGAACAAGCGCUACGAGCUGCUGUAUAACUGUGGGAUUCAGCUGCUGCACAUCGGCAGACCUCUGGCGGCGUUUGAGUGCCUGAUGGAGGCGGUGCAGGUCUACCACUCCAACCCCAGACUAUGGCUGAGGUUGGCAGAGUGCUGCAUCGCUGCAAAUAAAGGGGGCUCGGAGCAAGAGAGCAAGGGGUUACCCUGCAAGAAGGGUAUAGUUCAAUCUAUUGUUGGACAGGGCUACCAUCGAAAAAUAGUCCUGGCAUCACAGCCCACUCAAAACACCAUCUACAGUGAGGGCCAGUCGUCCGCCAUCCCCGUAGCCAGUAUGGAGUUUGCAGCCAUCUGCCUGCGGAACGCCCUGCUGCUCCUCCCCGAGAGCCCGCCGCAGGAGAGCAAGGCCGAGAACGGCUCCAAGAACUCCAGCCAAUCAGGGAGCACCGAGAGCGGCAGCGAAAACAGUGACGCCUGCAGUGGGAAGGGGCAGGAGGCCGACAAGUUCUUGUCUGCGGCGCCGUCAUCCCCUCUUCGAAAACAGGAGGUGGAGAACCUCAGGUGUUGCAUCCUGGCAUGCAGUGCCUAUGUGGGGUUGGCGUUGGGAGACAACCUCAUGGCCCUCACCCACGCUGAGAAGCUCCUCCACCAGGCCAAGGUGUCUGGGUCCCUCAAGUUCCUGGGUCACCUGUAUGCCGCCGAGGCGCUCAUCGCCCUGGACCGGAUCUCUGACGCCAUCGGCCACCUCAACCCCGAGAACGUCACGGACGUCUCGCUAGGGGUUCUGACCAGCGAGCAGGACCAAGGAUCGGACAAAGGGGACGAGCCCGUGGAGUCGUCAGCCAAACAGACGCCGCUGUGCUACCCGAGCAGCGUGACAGCGGCGCGGGCCAUGAUGCUCUUCAACCUGGGCAGCGCCUACUGUCUGAGGAGCGAGUACGACAAGGCGCGCAAGUGCCUUCACCAGGCGGCAUUGAUGGUGAACACAAAGGAAAUUCCCCCAGAAGCCAUCCUCCUGGGAGUAUACUUAGAGCUGCAGAAUGGGAACACCCAGCUGGCGCUGCAGAUCAUCAAGAGGAACCAGCUCCUGCCAGCCACGCUGCAGACGGCCUCCCCAGACACACGGAAGAAGCCGGCCCAAAUGUUCCAGUCUUCCCAGCCGGUCCAGCCCAUCCAGGCCCCCCCUUCCUCCAGCACCUCCUCUUCCUCCUCCUCCUCCUUCACACAAGUGCAACGCAAAUAAACCCCAUCCCCCAUCCACUCCUGUCUGCUGCUCCGCAAGACAAACUGACAAACCACCCAUGUCGCCCAGUGUGCCCCCCCACCCAAUUUAUUGAAAUAUUAUUUAUAAUGCUGCGUCACUCUCAGCAUCAACAGCCAUAUAACCCCGCCCAUAGGCCCCUUCUAGUGUGUCACGCUACAGGCUGGUGGUGGUGAGUUGAUGGUGGACUUUAACCCUAUGAUUCCGCACGGAAUUAAGAAUUGGGAAGGGGAAAACAGUCUUUUAAUACCAGCUCUUGACUUUUUACUUUCCACUUGGUGUCUGAGGCAUUUGUUAAUAUAAUGUACAUUGUCUGACUCUGCUUUGUGGCGAAGUAAAAUAUGGGAAAAAAAUAAAUUUUAUUUACAUUA